AAACACAAAUAUAGAUCAGCAUUAAUUGUCAAACGUUUGAUGGACAAGCUCACAUUUGAAGAACUGGAAAAAGAUAAGGACUCUUAUAUUCGGCUUAUUCAGCAUAUGAUUACAUUUUCUGAAAGGGAUCUGAAUGAUGUAGAGACCAAGGAAAAAUUUUGGCCAAUUGAACUACCUAGUGGCAAAACAUAUAAGGACAAAGCUUUUCUUUUUGAGAUUGUUGCUAAUAGAAUCACUGGUAUUGAUGUUGACAAAAUGGACUACUUUGCCCGUGAUGCCCGUAGUGUAGGACUGCCUAACAGUUUUGAUUGGAGACGCUUCACUCAAACAGCAAAAAUCAUUAAGUGUGAUGAGGAUGGCUUUCACCAUAUAUGUUCAAGAGAUAAAGAUGCCUUAUCACUUUAUGAGUUGUUUCACACAAGAAAUGUUCUUUAUCGCUCUGUGUACAGGCACAAGACUGUAGUUAUAGUGGAAGAUUUAAUCAAGAAAGCUUUACAAAAUGCUACCAUCAAAGUUGAAGUCAAAGGAAAAGAUGAUGGAAUAGAAUCUUAUCCACUUCUAAAAUGUUGGCAAAACAUGGAUGCUUUUCUUUUGAUUGAUGAUUCAAUUGAAGAUUUUAUAAUGAAGGAAGUACAUGUGAUUACAGAGCCUAUGCAAUCCUCUGAUGACAGCGAAACAACUGAAUCUCAGCAACUUCAGCAACUAUGCAUAAAAAAAGCUGACAGCACUGAUGAAACUAGUCCAAGAAAAUAUUUUAUUGAUAUAAGAGACAGAAAGCUACCAAAAUUUUUAGGGCGUACAAAUAAAGCAAAGCUUGAUGAUACAGACUGGAAGAAGUGGAAGGACUGGAAGCAUGAAGACAUUGCUAUAUGUGCUGCUAAAGAAAAAUCAGAAGUUAAAAAGAUUAAAGAAAAAAUAAUACCAUUACCUGUGAAAUUCAGUUAUGGAAAAGGGAGUAAAGAUCCCAUUCAACCCCAUUUCUUUUAUGGGAAGUUUUAUCCUCAGCAUCCUUUUCAUAUUGAGAAAGAAGAGGUAUCCAAAAUCCUUCCAUCUAAUUUUGAAGAAGAGGAAGUGUUUUGGUAUUAUGAUAUGAAAGAUGAUCAUGAUGAUGAAACUAAAGCAAUUGCAAGAUCUUUGUGGGAGUGUUUAAACACACAUAAACUUCCAACUGAAUUCAAAAGUGCUUUGGAAGGAAGCUAUGCCAGAAAAGGAAAAUUGUAUAAAGAAGAAAGAAAUUAUGCUGGUGAUGACCAUUUGGAACACUUUCAAAAAAUUAUUGAAAGCUAUAGGAGCAAAGAAAGCCAAUGAGAAUUUUAAUGGUUGCAACUGGCAAGUUUUAUAUACAUUAUAGUAAUAAGAAAAUAGUUUAUAACUCAUUGAUUCUUUUGUAUUUUUAUAUUUGAAGUAAAUUUUACAUUUGUUACUGUAA